CAGACCGACCCUUGCCAGUCUGACCAGCACAGUCCGAGGAUAGCAGUGCCGUGGAGAAGUUGCAGGUGGGGGCCUGCGAAGCUUCUACACAGACAGCCAGAGCAGGCCAGAGACAAGAUUAGAGGAGGCAGAGGAAACCAGGGGCAAGGCAAGCAGAGAGAGGCCCUGGGAGCAGAAGAGGUGGCAGCCAAGGCCCUGAGACCUAGACAUGAUGAAGCCGGAAGGGCGCGGCUUGACCAAGAUGAGGGGGCACCAGCUCUGGACAGCCACCAGCAAGGCACUGUUUGCGGAGUUCCUGGCCACAGGGCUGUACGUGUUCUUUGGCGUGGGCUCGACUCUGCACUGGCCCUUGGCGUUUCCCACUGUGCUGCAGGUCGCCAUCACCUUCAACCUGGCCACAGCCGUGGUUGUGCAGAUCACCUGGAAGGCCAGCGGGGCCCACGUCAACCCCGCCGUGACGCUGGCCUUCCUUGUGGGCUCUCAGAUCUCAUUGCCCCGUGCUGUGGCCUAUGUGGCUGCCCAGCUGACAGGGGCCACUGUGGGGGCUGCUGUGCUUUAUGGAGUCACAACGGGGGACCUUCGAGAGACCCUUGGGAUCAACAUGGUCUGGAGCAACGUCUCGACCAGCCAGGCAGUGACAGUGGAGCUGGUUCUGACCCUGCAGCUGGUGCUCUGUGUCUUUGCUUCCACCGACGGCCGUCAGGCAUCAGGCUCCCCGGCUGCCAUGAUCGGGAUAUCCGUGGCAUUAGGCCACCUCAUCGGGGUCUACUUCACUGGCUGUUCCAUGAAUCCAGCCCGCUCCUUCGGUCCUGCCAUCAUCGUUGGGAAGUUCACACUCCACUGGAUCUUCUGGGUGGGACCCCUGACAGGGGCUAUCCUGGCUUCGCUGAUCUACAACUUCAUCCUGUUCCCUGACACCAAGACCCUGGCCCAGCGACUGGCUAUCCUCACGGGCAAUGCGGAGACAGAAAAACUGGUAGCGGUGGAGUCCCAGAAGGAAUCCCAGUCCGGUUCAGGGGACACCAAACUGGAAAGUGUGUGUCAGAUGGUAUAGAACUUGGCUCCCGUCCUCAGGCUUCUGAGAGGAGCUGGGGAGGUGAGCAGUAUGUCCAGGACUUCAAGUUUUCUGGGGAGAUAGGGGGUGCUUUCAAGGGUGGGUAGGGAGGCUUGGCCUCUUGUCCUAACAGGGUGGGCAAGGGGUGCCAAUCCCUUUCCCUGGCAUUACAUUUCUAGAUAGAAUCUGGGGAGCAAAUAUGUUCAGGUUCCUCCUCCUCUACCUCUUAACGGGACAGAGCAGAGGGAGGCGGGGAACUGCCGUCCUCUUCUCUCAUCCAUCUGGACUCCUGAUCCCCAUGUCUAAGCAGGCAGCCACUCUGCUUAGAGACUAAGGGCUAAAGGGACCUCAGGGAACCCCAACUUUUCAUCCCACCCUUGGGGAGGAGGGGCCAGACUUCACAGAAGCCUGAGUUCCUCAGAGGCAUGUCUCUGCUCUUGGGUGUGGUUUGGGGGCUAUGGCUCCCCCUCAGACUGGGGGCUUUCUGAGGACAGAGAUUACCUUCCCAAGAGACCUUCAUUCUUCAUUUCUCCAAAUGCCCAGGAAAGGACUCCACACUUAGGAAGAGCCGAUACUAAAAGGGCACUUUUCUUGGGCUAGCAGAUGGGCAGGCUAUAGGAAGACAGGUUUGGGCCAAACAGGCCUUUUCCAGAGCAAGCUCUUUCCGGGUGUUUGCCCGCCUUCUAUCUCAGCCCCAUUCACAGGAGCAAUCCUGAGAGGGGCGACCCCAGCCCAGCCCUGGGUCCAUGAUUUGGGCCAGAAAAAGCCAUCUCCAGCCUCAUUCUCAGCUCCACCAGGAGCCCUCAAAAGCUGCUGAAUAAGCCCCAACGAUGCUAGGAACUCAAGAAUGACCCAGGAAACCACAGUUUUCAGUUCAAUGCCUCUGAAUGACUACCGGAGUCUCAGUUGGUUGGCUAAUAUUUACAAGCUGCUGCAAAUUGACUCUGCCCAUGACGUGGGGUCCUAUCUGGAUCUCGGCUUCCCCAGCUGUUGAAUGGGCACAAGCCUCCCCCAGGGAAUGCUGUGAAAACAAACAAGGGAUUGGAAAAUGUUUGGGGAAAUUAAAAUGCUAGAAAA